UUCAGCAUUGAGCUAGAUCCAGCAGCAUGCCUGCUGUGUGGAGAGUGAUUUUGGCCCACAGGAAUUAUCUGAUUGCUGUGCUAGUACCUCUCCUGCUCCUUCCUCUCCCGCUGCUGGUCCCUACCAAGGAGGCCCAGUGUGGCUAUGUGAUAAUCCUGAUGGCGCUGUUCUGGUGUAUGGAAGUCCUGCCACUGGCUGUUACUGCCUUAUUUCCUGUCCUGCUGUUCCCGCUGAUGAACAUAAUGGAUUCAACCCAAGUGUGUAUGGAGUAUCUGAAGGACACCAACAUGCUCUUCAUUGGAGGACUGAUGGUGGCUAUUGCUGUGGAGCACUGGAACCUACACAAGCGCAUCGCCCUGCGGGUCCUGUUAGUCAUUGGGGUCCGACCAGCACUGCUCAUUAUGGGAUUCAUGGUUGUCACUGCGUUCCUGUCUAUGUGGAUCAGCAAUACCGCCACCACAGCCAUGAUGGUACCCAUAUCCCAGGCUGUCCUAGAGCAGCUGCACAAGUCAGAGCAGGAGAAAAACUCAACUGAGCACGUGGCUGAGAACAUCAACAAAGCCUUCGAGCUGCAGGAGGUUCCAGAUAAAUCAGCUCUCUCUCAAGAGACACAAAAACAAGAUAAUGGAUACGUGCUGACAGUGGAGGAAGAGGAGAAACUUAAAACUGAGAAGCAGCUGCAAGAGGAGAAGCACCUGACAUUUUGCAAGGGAAUGAGCCUCUCUGUUUGUUAUGCAGCCAGUAUUGGAGGAAUUGCAACUCUUACUGGUACUACUCCCAACCUGGUGAUGAAGGGACAGAUGGAUGACCUCUUUCCUAAAAACAACAAUGUGGUGAACUUUGCUUCUUGGUUCGUGUUUGCUUUCCCCACCAUGCUCCUGUUGCUGAUUGUCUCCUGGGUUUGGCUCCAGAUAAUGUUCUUGGGAUUUGAGUAAGUAUUGUAAGCACAUUGAAACAAAUGUUCAUGGAUGUUUCUGCCAUUGAUCCUGUUGCAAUUUCAUAGUAACUGCACCAGCAUUUCCUGCUCUAUGUUCUGCUUGGAUCUCAGGUCUCCGGCUGUCACCUGCUUAUGGGUAGGAAUCCUUGUCAAUUCUCUUCUGACCAGGGAUUUUGAGGCUGCUUGGCUCCCAAAUCUAGACUGUGGUAGCCCUAGCAAGACAGACAGACCAAGGUCAGCACCUGGGCUUUGCUCUCUCUCUCCAGGUUUGACCAGUUACAAGUUAUCACUCUGCUCUUUUUAAGCAAGCAGAUCUAUUUUGUAAAGCAUUACAAAGCAUAGAAAAGGCACUACUGUACUUGCAUGCUGAAAAGCUUACCUCCCCCAUCUUCAAUA